AUGUCACCCAAAACACGCUCGCGCAAAUCCUCCUCCAAACCAUCCGUCGACACCGCCAACACCAACGGCGGCACCUCCAACCCCACCUCGACGAGCGCCAACCCCGACGCGGUGAACAACAUGCGCCAGUCGCACGUGCAGUCCGCGUCCGACCUGCCCCCGCCGCGCGAACACAAGCGGCUCAAGCACCGCACGUCGCCGCCGCUGCAGCGCGCGCCGUGGUUCCUGUUCAACUACACCUUCGUCGCUAUCACGUUCCUCGUCGCUGCGUAUUACUUUUACCAGAUGUUCGUGUGGAAGACGCAGGUGGGCGGGUGGUGGAAUAUGGCGCUCGGGAGGCGGCCGCCGCAGAUGCAACAGGGGGGUGCGCAGCCGCCGCGGGCGAAUACCGGCGGUGCGUGGUGGGGCGGUUCGGGGAAGGGGAAGGGGGAGUCGAAGGGGGCGCCGGAGAGCGGGGAUAGUCUCGUGCAGAGCAAGAUUGAUGCGCUUGCUGAGGCGCUCGGAAUGCGCUCUGAGGACCUUUCGUCGGCGAUUGCGGGUGCAGUGAGGGAGCACGUUCCGCCUGCGUCGCUCUCCAGUGUUGCUGCGAAAGAGACAGGGAGGGCGGCGAGGAUUCUUGCGGGAGACGAGGAUGCUGCUGGGCAAGCUAGUGUUGUUGGGAGCGUUGCUGAUGGUAUUGGUAAGGUUGUUGGGUUUGAUGAGCCGCCCGAAGGUAUUUUUGACUCGUUAAAUAUCUCCAUGAUUGGACGAUAA